CCCAAAGAGUUAGCUUGAAGGGUCAACCGACGAAGCACCAUUCAAGAGCCAAGUCAGUCUUCUAGAAGGAAAUUGUAAGUCAUUCUCUGCGGUAUCUCUCUCCAGCCAGUAAGGAUAUAUCUUGGAAGACGCUCUGAACAGAGCAAUGGAUUACCAGCCCAGCAUCAUUCGAGACUCUAAUCCCAUGGAGAACUUGGAGAAGCAACUGAUCUGUCCCAUCUGCCUGGAGAUGUUUGCCAAGCCUGUGGUGAUCUUACCCUGCCAGCAUAACCUAUGCAGGAAAUGCGCCAACGAUGUCUUCCAGGCUGCUAAUCCAUACUGGCAAACUAGUCGCGGGACAACCAUAUCAGGGGGACGGUUCCGUUGCCCCUCCUGCCGCCACGAAGUCAUCUUGGACCGGCAUGGAGUCUAUGGUCUCCAGAGGAAUCUACUGGUGGAGAACAUCAUUGAGAUCUACAAACAGGAAUACUCCAGCCGGCCCUUGAAGAAGGGAAAUCACCCUAUGUGCAAGGAGCACGAAGAUGAGAAGAUCAACAUCUACUGCUUAACCUGCGAGGUGCCCACCUGCUCCAUGUGCAAAGUCUUUGGGGCUCACAAAGACUGUGAAGUGGCACCUCUUCAAAGCAUCUUUCAGGGGCAGAAGACAGAGCUGACCAACUGCAUCUCUAUGCUGGUGGCAGGGAAUGACAGAGUCCAGACUAUCAUCAACCAGCUGGAAGAGUCGUGUAAAACCACUGAGGAGAACAGCCGGCAGGUAAAGCAGGCCCUGUGUGAGACGUUUGAAGCUCUGAUUGCAGUCCUGGAGGAGAAGAGGAGUGAAUUGCUGGAACGGAUCUCCAAGGAGCAGGAAGAGAAAGUCGGAUUCAUGCAAAAGCUCAUCCAGCAGUACAAAGAGCAGCUGGAGAAAUCCAGCAAGCUGGUGGAGACAGCCAUUCAGUCCAUGGAAGAGGAGGCAGGAGCUGCUUUUCUUCUGAAUGCCAAGCAACUCAUUAAAACAAUCGUAGAGGCAUCAAAGGGAGGUCAACUGGAGAAGAUCGAACCAGGUUUUGAAAACAUGGACUAUUUCACCCUUGACUUAGAACACAUCGCAGAAACAAUAAGAGCCAUAGACUUUGAGGCAGAUGAGGAUGAGGAAGAACUAAAUGAAGAAGAAACGGAAGAGGAAGAUACUCCAGUUGGGAAUGUGGAUGGUUCUCAAUAACAAAGCAGGAAAGUGAAGUCCAUGAAGGAAGAGGAAAUUCCCUAUGUACAGAUCGAGAGGAUCCAGGGAUGAUGAUGAUGAUGAUGGGGUGAGAUACAGAUGGGAUGCCCAAGCAAGCGAUGGAAAAAGCAGGGCAAAAUCCCAGCUGAAGAAGAGCCAUCUGGCAACUCAGAAAGAAAACUUGCACAAAGACACUUUUAUACACGGGUGCAAAAUGAAACCUUUCAUACAUUUUAUAAGUCUUUUUUUUUUUGUACAUAAUUGUCAUGGCACUUGAAUAUUUUGUAAAGAAAAAUAAGGGUUUGUUUUCUCCUUUUUUGCUUCACAGCACCCUUCCAUGAACGGAAGGAUGUUGAUUUUGGGAAUUAGUUACAAGGAUUUCUUUGCACUUUGUAGGACAUAGGAGAAAGUGGAAGGUAGUAUUAGACUUAGCCAUUUUAGUAUACUUUGAUUUAAGGAUCAAAUAAUAUUUUCCCUUGCGAUACCUGUAAUUAAACUUCAAAGAUGCCUGUUGAUUUUGUUGCUUCAUAUUUGUUACAAUAAAGUAAAUUCCAGUUUUA